AUGAAAAAAAAUUCAUCAGUUGGAUGUAAUCAACAGCGAGUUUAUUCGUCAUGCUUUAUAUUAUCUGAUUACCCAAAUUUAGUUACGAGAGCGUGUCCUGUCAUAGCCGAUUGUCAACAACAGCAGCAACACGAAAGUUAUUCUAAUUUCGCAUCCGCAUUGCAUGUUUUUCGUCUUAUUGUACCUCAGCAACAAGGAACAGCUGUAAAAGAUGUAGCAUGCCAGUGUGAUGGUCAAAAUGGUAGUGAUAACAGUGGCAAUAACAAUAUUUUUGGUUGUAGCUUGGAUGAAGGUCUUUUUCCAGCAAAGCCACCGUUGUCGUUACCUGUUAAAAUGGGCGACGCUUUACGAAAAAGACAGCCGGUAACAUAUUAUCAUUCAACGUCAAGUUGCAUGAAACUGUUAAACGACUUAGAAAGUGAAAAUGCACCAUUGUUUGCUAAUACUCUGUGUGACUCUUCGACAUCUUCUCUGUCACAAUCAACCGGACAGAAGACACUCGAGUACUCCGUAUGUCGUAAUCGUGUUCCUGUGAUUUCUGCUAGUAGCACUGACAUCACGCCAAUAUCAGUUAUUGCUAGUACUGUAGCAGCCAGUGACCCUGUUACUGAACAGCAUGAAUCAAAAAGUGCUUUUACGAUUACCGCCAACGGCAUUCCGACUAGGAAAAUGACGUUGGCAUCAUAUGAUGUCAGCGUCGUUCGGGCUCGACGUCUAACAUUGUCACGUUCGGCUAGUGAUUCUAAAUUGUACAUCGGAACUAGGCGACAGGCAGAACUUGGACUUGCUGGCAUACAGCCAUGUGACGCACGUUGUAAAGGUGUUGAUGAAUUAAGUCGUGUAACUGCAGAUAUCGCUGCCGAGAAUCCAGAUAUGAUCCGUUUCCAACAAGUACUCAAUUCAUGGGUAAGUCGUUUUUUAAGAAUUCGAUUUUAG